AUGACCUUGCUCUGCCAGCGGAAACCUUCAGCAAGCGUAACAUCGCUAUACACUUGGUUCGGAAGAUAUCAAAGAAGCAUAUCUUCACACGUCCUCAACAGCGCUUCUUCGCCAGACUUUUCCACGAAUAAUUGGGAGGGACGGCCAUGUAACUUGCACCUACUCCGCUCGAGUAAGUGCAAGUCCAGAAAGAGGAGGAUGACAAGUGACCUCAUCUGAGGUCAUUUGUCACCGACACACUAGAGUUGUACGCAUGUCACACCAUUAUAUGGCGAGUAGCACGGAGACUAAAUUGCACUUUCAACUCCU